CUUUACAACCUCCCUGAUUACUCCGCUCCAAGACAGAGGAUGCGCGAUAGUGGUCAUUUGAUGCCUUGUUAAUUGCUCAAAUGGCCAUGCCUCAGCCGUCUUGGGGCCUCGGUGGCCCCGAGGUGCCGUCUUCGCCGCGAACGAUGCGCACGCUGCGCAAGAUCCAAUCUCAUCAGGUCCUGACAACCUCCAGCGCCCUCAUUGCCCAAACCCAGUCCUCUCACCUCUCAGCCACUCGUGGCACUGAUACUGGAUUGUCCGCAACAUCGGGCUCUACGAUACGUACCCCAGCCCGUCGACCUCGAUCAAACAGUGACGCGGCUGCUCUUGAAGCAUCACUGGUAGCGCCAAUCCCAACACAAAGGCGCCCUGCUCGGAAAACGGGAUCAGGCGUGGGAAUUAAGAGGUCCCUCCUGGAGAAUCUCGUGCGCGAUGGACCGCAAAAUGGGAACACCAAGGAAGCUUUGCAGGAACUGAAAUACCUUGUUCUGUCAACUGGAGUCGACGCGGAUGGAGAUGGCAUGUCCCCAUAUCGAGUCUACCUAUGGCUUAUCCUCCUGAAUGUUGAACCGGUCCCCACCGACGACUACCUUGCCCUUGUCCACCGUGGUGGUUCACCCGCAUACGCGAAGAUUCGCAAUGACACUUUCCGCACCCUCGCAACAGACCCGCUCUUCAAGCGCCGUGUAACCGAAGCCAGUCUCAUCCGGCUACUCAAUGCUGUGGCAUGGAAACUUCAUGACUCCAAAAUCAAGCCUCGAUCCCGACCUUCUUCGUCCAGGCGACUCGAAAUGGAGAUGCUGGUGAACACACCACCCAGCAUUAAAGAAGAACCAGAAUUGGAGGAUCCCGGCUCUGGCCCCAGCAACACCGUUAACGACUCGGCGAUUUAUGUGCAAGGCAUGAACGUCCUCUGCGCACCUUUCUUGUAUUCCGCUCGCAGUGAGGUAGAGGCUUUCGCUCUCUUCCACUACUUUGUCACUAAGGAGUGCCCGGGUUAUAUUCGAGGGGCUAUGGAUGGAGUGCACAGAGGUCUUCGACUAGUUGAUCGGUGCUUGGAAAUUGUGGAGCCCAAGCUUGCAGCUUACCUCUUCUCCAAGGGGAUGUAUGCUGAACUCUAUGCUUUCCCAUCGGUCUUGACGUUAUGUGCAUGUACACCACCAUUGCCAGAAGUGUUGCAUUUGUGGGACUUUCUCUUUGCUUAUGGCCCGCAUCUCAACAUUCUAUGCAUUGUCGCUCAGUUGAUUCGCAUGCGGGACACCCUCUUUGAGAGUCCGAGUCCCAACAAGAUCCUUCGGUCGUUGCCCCCUCUUGACGCCAAGGGUAUUAUCGCCUUGACGGUUCUUUUGGUGCAAAGAAUCCCCGAUGAUCUCUACGCAGAGAUGGUCAAUCACGCAAAGUGACCUGAGAUACGUCUGUUCAUGUUAAUGUCUUUCUUAUCAAUUGCUUUUGUUUCAACUUUUUACGGGCAUGGCGCUUUGGGCAUAUAUUCAUUGUUUGGUUGGAAUGCGCGGCUGGGUCUUGGCAUAUGAAAAUUGCAUUGGAAACGACCAUUCAGAGAUAAAUGAUAGUCUUAUGAAAUGAAUUGAUGAUUCUUCUACUA